GGUUAAAAGAAAAAAGUUGCCAAGCGGUUGGUUGCUCCCGAGCGGAAGUGAGGUGUCGGCUGAGUAUCGGGACUUCCGGUUCGGGGGGAAAGAGAGGAGAGUCGGCGGCUGCUGGUGGAGGUGGGCGCCGCGGCUUCCGGGGUCGCCGGGUUCGGGCUGCUGGGCUGAGGAGAUGUUCCGAACAGCCAUCAUGAUGGCUGCCAGCCUGGCCUUGACCUCUGCGGUGGUGGCUCACGCCUAUUACCUGAAGCACCAGUUCUACCCGACAGUGGUGUACCUGACCAAGUCGAGUCCCAGCAUGGCGGUCCUGUACAUCCAAGCGUUUGUCCUGGUGUUCCUGUUAGGCAAGUUCAUGGGCAAAGUGUUCUUUGGACAGCUCCGCGCGGCCGAAAUGGAGCAUCUCCUUGAGCGGUCAUGGUAUGCCGUGACCGAGACCUGCCUUGCCUUCACAGUCUUCAGGGACGACUUCAGCCCCCGUUUUGUGGCCCUCUUCACUCUCCUCCUCUUCCUCAAGUGCUUCCACUGGCUGGCCGAGGACCGAGUGGACUUUAUGGAGAGGAGUCCGAACAUUUCCUGGCUCUUUCACUUCCGCAUUGUCUCUCUGAUGCUGCUUUUGGGCAUCCUGGACUUCCUCUUUGUCAGCCACGCCUACCACAGCAUCCUCACGCGGGGAGCCUCCGUCCAGCUGGUCUUUGGGUUUGAGUACGCCAUCCUCCUGACCAUGGUGCUCACCAUCUUCAUCAAAUACAUCCUGCAUUCCUUUGACCUGCAGAGCGAGAACCCUUGGGACAACAAGGCUGUCUUCAUGCUCUACACAGAGCUCUUCACAGGCUUCAUCAAGGUCCUCCUGUACAUGGCCUUCAUGACCAUCAUGAUCAAGGUCCACACCUUCCCGCUUUUCGCCAUCCGGCCCAUGUACCUGGCGAUGAGGCAGUUCAAGAAAGCCGUGACAGACGCCAUUAUGUCUCGCCGGGCCAUUCGCAACAUGAACACCCUGUACCCCGACGCCACCGCUGAAGAGUUGCAGGCCAUGGACAACGUCUGCAUUAUCUGCCGGGAGGAGAUGGUGACGGGAGCCAAACGCCUGCCUUGCAAUCACAUAUUCCACACCAGCUGCCUGCGCUCGUGGUUCCAGCGCCAGCAGACCUGCCCCACCUGCCGGAUGGACGUCCUCCGCGCCUCUCUCCCCUCGCAGUCCCAGGCGCCCCCCGAGCAGCCGGAUGCUGGGCAGCCGCAACCCCCGCCGCCGCAUCAGACCCCGCUGAUCCCUCAGCCGCCCAACUUUCCCCAAGGCAUCCUGCCGCCUUUUCCUCCGGGGAUGUUCCCUCUGUGGCCCCCCAUGGCCCCCUUUCCUCCAGUCCCGGGAGGGCAGCCACCCCACAGCGCAGACAGUGCUUCCGCUGCUCCAUCUACGUCGGGGACACAGACAGGCACCUCCAGGCCCGGUGGGGAAUCGGCUCCUGCAUCAGACCCGACGGCCCCUCCAGCAGCGCCGGGUUUCCCUUUCCCUCCCCCCUGGAUGGGGAUGCCGUUUCCACCUCUCUUUGGGUUCCCCCCUAUGCCGGUGCCGCCCUCCGGGUUUGCGGGACUGACGGAUGAAGAGCUGCGGGCCAUGGAAGGCCACGAGCGGCAGCACCUGGAAGCCCGGCUGCAGUGCCUGCAGAACAUCCACACACUCCUCGACGCAGCCAUGCUCCAGAUCAACCAGUAUCUCACCGUCCUGGCGACUAUCGGGACGCCCCGGUCUGCACAGCCGCCUAGCGCUCCAGCCACUUCCGCAUCCUCUCAGGAGACCCCCAGCCCUGAACCAGACACCCUCGAACCCGCCGCCUUCCAGUCCACCGACAGCACCUCUUCACCAGCAGCUGAGACAGGACCAUCGGGUCAAGCAGCGCCAUCCCCAGCAGCCGGUGCCGAGGGCUACACAGACCCAUCUGGCCCCGAGCAGGGUGGGGAGCCCCCUUUGCCAGAGGAGCCGGACACGGCAGAGUUGCGCAGGCGCCGCCUUCAAAAACUGGAACUGCCCUCCUCCUCCUCCUCCCAUUGACACCCCUCUGGCUCCCUUCCGACGAGCCUUGCCAUGUGCCUGGGCUUAUCAUCCGACGGACUCGUCUCCUUUGCCCCAGAAGAGAAGCAGUGAGAGCGAGAAGACCGGGGGCGCCUACACUUUGCACCACCAAGUGCCGACGCGACGUGCGGCCGCUGGGACGCUCUCCGGCGGGGCGGGGGCGGCCCUGCCUUGGCUUCUGGCUUCGAGCGGAAGCAGCCCCCCGUCCGCCAGCACGGACCGGUCUUGUUCUAGUCACUUCCCCCCCGCACAGCAACGUACAUCCCAAAGUCUUUUCUAUCUUGAUCUCGGCUGGACAGACACGCGUCCUGGGAAGCCGCUUCCGUGGCAGUGCCGGAGGGGGAGCUGCCAUCCACGGGAGCUGCUCCAUGGAAAUGGGGGCUAGGGCAAGGGGGUCCUCCCUUUUAUUCUUUUCCUUUCCCCCCCACUCUUCCUUGCUGAUUGUGUGGUGGAGUUUCUGGCCACGCUUCUUGAGGAAGGCAGCUGUGUCCCUUUGGAGAGGGCCGGCUGGAGUGUCGGCUUGCUCUUGUUUCAGAUGUUCCUAUAUAGGUUGCCGCCUGAUGAUAGCUUAGAGCCAAGGCCAGCAAACAGGCCGGCCAGACUACUGCCCCCUCCCUCCAUCCCCCGCAGGGCCUUUAUCCCACUCUCCUCCUCCUCCUCCUCCACCACCCCCAACAUCCCUAAAUCAACCAGUCUGGAGAGGGGAUGUGGUGGCCUCAAGGCCUUUGGAGUGCACUUUUGCUGGUUCGCUCCCUGCGCUGGGUUCGAAAGGCGCCCACCUGCAGGCGCUGGAUCUGAAAUGCUCCGGGCGCCCCCUUCACGGGGAUGGUCUGGCUUUUGCAGUGCAGUAAACCUGUGACUUAAAUCGA